AUGGAGGCUCUCAUGUUGGUUUAUACUGAUAAGCCCUUUCCUGCUUCAUUCACAGAGCUCUCUUCCUUGACCAGCCUUGAGCUGGAUGACUGCGGGUCAGAAGUCCAGCUGCCGGAAGCCCUGGGGGAGCUGACCAGCCUGCGGGAGCUGAAGGUUUGGGGCAGUUCAAUCUGCGCGCUACCUGUGUCAGUCUUACAGCUUACUGGGCUUCAAACCUUGGAGAUCAGCCACUGCUUCUAUCUUUCAGAAGUACCCUCGAGGCUGGAUGCGCUUGUGGGGCUUAAGAUGCUGGAGAUGAUUUACUGUGAGGAGCUCAGUAGACCUCCUACCAGGCUGCCACCCUCUCUUCAAACCCUCAGUUUUGGGUGCUUUGGAGAAGACUCUUCCCAUGUCAUUGACAUCACCCAGCUGACGCAACUAAGGGAGCUGACCCUAUAUGAUGUUAGGAUGUGCUGUGGGCCUGCAGAGAGUGGGAGGCUGCCGUGCCUGGAGCAGCUGGAGUGUCUGUGGCUGCAUGAAGGUUCGGAGUUGCCGACCCCCCUGCCCGUUCUCCCCCACCUGCGCUACUUGGCGACUACGGUGGGUGAAGGUUGCACACCCCCGGAAAACAUGGCGGCAGCGUUGCCGCAGUUGCGGGAUCUGCAGCUUCAAUUGUGUUCAGAGGAGCUGUUGGGGGGCGUACUGGAGAUGACCUCGCUGACGUCACUCACGCUUGAAUGGCUUUCGCUGACGUCACUACCUCAAGGCAUGAGCCGCUUGUGUCGCCUGCGCGAACUGGAGCUGAUUGGCUGUACCGCCUUGCGUCACCUCCCUGAGUGCCUCUCCCAGCUGCAGCAGCUCAUUCUGCGUGACACCUCCAUUCCCUCGCUCCCGACGAAUCUCGUGCGACUGACUGAAGAGGGACCUCGGUCAAUGAAUGAGGAGGGAUCGGAGUCAGGGAGUGAGGAGGGAUCGGAGUCAGGGAGUGAGGAGGGAUCAGAGUCAGGGAGUGAGGAGGGAUCGGAGUCAGAGAGUGAGGAGGGCACGGAGUCAAGGAGGCAGUGCAGUGGGCUCGUUCUGGUGCAGUGGAGCGUGGCGGUGGUGAGCAGGGCAGUGCAGUGGGCUCGUUCUGGUGCAGUGGAGCGUGGCGGUGGGCAGUGCAGUGGGCUCGUUCUGGUGCAGUGGAGCGUGGCGGUGGUGAGCAGGGCAGUGCAGUGGGCUCGUUCUGGUGCAGUGGAGCGUGGCGGUGGGCAGUGCAGUGGGCUCGUUCUGGUGCAGUGGAGCGUGGCGGUGGUGAGCAGGGCAGUGCAGUGGGCUCGUUCUGGUGCAGUGGAGCGUGGCGGUGGGCAGUGCAGUGGGCUCGUUCUGGUGCAGUGGAGCGUGGCGGUGGUGAGCAGGGCAGUGCAGUGGGCUCGUUCUGGUGCAGUGGAGCGUGGCGGUGGGCAGUGCAGUGGGCUCGUUCUGGUGCAGUGGAGCGUGGCGGUGGUGAGCAGGGCAGUGCAGUGGGCUCGUUCUGGUGCAGUGGAGCGUGGCGGUGGGCAGUGCAGUGGGCUCGUUCUGGUGCAGUGGAGCGUGGCGGUGGUGAGCAGGGCAGUGCAGUGGGCUCGUUCUGGUGCAGUGGAGCGUGGCGGUGGGCAGUGCAGUGGGCUCGUUCUGGUGCAGUGGAGCGUGGCGGUGGUGAGCAGGGCAGUGCAGUGGGCUCGUUCUGGUGCAGUGGAGCGUGGCGGUGGGCAGUGCAGUGGGCUCGUUCUGGUGCAGUGGAGCGUGGCGGUGGUGAGCAGGGCAGUGCAGUGGGCUCGUUCUGGUGCAGUGGAGCGUGGCGGUGGGCAGUGCAGUGGGCUCGUUCUGGUGCAGUGGAGCGUGGCGGUGGUGAGCAGGGCAGUGCAGUGGGCUCGUUCUGGUGCAGUGGAGCGUGGCGGUGGGCAGUGCAGUGGGCUCGUUCUGGUGCAGUGGAGCGUGGUGGUGGUGAGCAGGGCAGUGCAGUGGGCUCGUUCUGGUGCAGUGGAGCGUGGCGGUGGUGAGCAGGGCAGUGCAGUGGGCUCGUUCUGGUGCAGCGUGGCGGUGGUGAGCAGGGCAGUGCAGUGGGCUCGUUCUGGUGCAGUGGAGCGUGGCGGUGGGCAGUGCAGUGGGCUCGUUCUGGUGCAGUGGAGCGUGGCGGCAGUGAGCAGGGCAGUGCAGUGGGCUCGUUCUGGUGCAGUGGAGCGUGGCGGUGGGCAGUGCAGUGGGCUCGUUCUGGUGCAGUGGAGCGUGGCGGCGGUGAGCAGGGCAGUGCAGUGGGCUCGUUCUGGUGCAGUGGAGCGUGGCGGUGGUGAGCAGGGCAGUGCAACGGGCAUGAGCGUGGCGGUGGUGAGCAGGGCAGUGCAGUGGGCUCGUUCUGGUGCAGUGGAGCGUGGCGGUGGGCAGUGCAGUGGGCUCGUUCUGGUGCAGUGGAGCGUGGCGGUGGUGAGCAGGGCAGUGCAGUGGGCUCGUUCUGGUGCAGUGGAGCGUGGCGGCGGGCAGUGCAGUGGGCUCGUUCUGGUGCAGUGGAGCGUGGCGGUGGUGAGCAGGGCAGUGCAGUGGGCUCGUUCUGGUGCAGUGGAGCGUGGCGGUGGGCAGUGCAGUGGGCUCGUUCUGGUGCAGUGGAGCGUGGCGGCGGUGAGCAGGGCAGUGCAGUGGGCUCGUUCUGGUGCAGUGGAGCGUGGCGGUGGGCAGUGCAGUGGGCUCGUUCUGGUGCAGUGGAGCGUGGCGGUGGUGAGCAGGGCAGUGCAGUGGGCUCGUUCUGGUGCAGUGGAGCGUGGCGGUGGGCAGUGCAGUGGGCUCGUCCUGGUGCAGUGGAGCGUGGCGGUGGUGAGCAGGGCAGUGCAGUGGGCUCGUUCUGGUGCAGUGGAGCGUGGCGGUGGGCAGUGCAGUGGGCUCGUUCUGGUGCAGUGGAGCGUGGCGGUGGUGAGCAGGGCAGUGCAGUGGGCUCGUUCUGGUGCAGUGGAGCGUGGCGGUGGUGAGCAGGGCAGUGCAGUGGUGUGUGUGCUGGUGUGCUACGCCAAGGACCUCGCCUCGCCACGCUGCAGCAGAGCGACCGGGUGCUGUACCGCACACCAAGGUGCAGCAUCGCAACAGGGAGAUCCAACACAGGCGUACCCGCCACGCCCCCACGCCCAGGCCGCUGCCCCAGCAGGCUGCCUGGUGAAGGCGCUGCUGAACUCGGGCCUUACGGUGUACCGUACUUGGCAAUGGUGGCUGGGGGUGAGGUAG